UUUCCUUUUUUCCUCAAAGAUGUCGAUGAAUGCCAAUCUGGAUCACAUAACUGCAGUAUUAACGCUCAAUGCAAUAACACUAUUGGGGCAUUUACCUGCACUUGCAAUCAGGGAUACUCAGGAAAUGGGAUGGAUUGCCAAGGUGAGGCUAGCCUAAGGAAAUAAAAAUGAAGUGACGUUUUUGUUAAACUUUACCGAUUGGUUGUUUAUAUUGUAGAAACUAAAAUUUUAAAUUAAAUUGGGGUUCCCAUACUCGUUUAGGAGUAGGAGCAACUUGUAUAUGCGCAAUUAUUUUUCUUUAAAAUACUAACAUGAUUACAUUAACGAGUACUUGCUUUGAACACGUAUCCGACGAUUCAGUUUCUUUUUGUGCAUUGGGAAUAAAAAAAUGAAGAUUUAUCUUUGGGGAGAUAUGACUUAAGGCAAAAGACGCCAUGUUUUAAUGUGCGCGCUAAUCACUCAUGAAAUUAUGCGCAAUUAGGAUGCGCGAUGCAACACUAAGAAAUAACCUUAAGGCAAAGAACGAGAUCUAUCAUUCUUAAUAUACUGUUCUUCUGAAUUUGAAGUUGUCUUCCUUAGACAUCGACGAAUGUGCGACAUUUACCCACACUUGCCAUGACAAUGCUACUUGUAUUAACACUGCUGGCUCAUUCACCUGUGCUUGUAACCUCGGCUUUAGUGGAGAUGGACAGUUAUGUACAGGUAUCACUUCUCAGUUCUUCGUCUUGAAAUUUAUCCAGUAGAAUAGUUAUGGAAAUUUCUACGGCUCUAUUGUUUCCUAUUACUUGCUGUGCGAGAUUUUAUUGGUUAGGUUUUUUUAGUUGCCUCGCCCAGCGUAGCUCGAGUAGGAGAGUGACCCUUCUACUUGGGAUAACCUUACUCAAUAUAAACGGAUCUUAAGUGCUUUUUCAUUACCCGACUAACUAGAUGCAUGGACUGUCCAAAAGGUAUUGCUAACAAAAAAAGAAUAUUGACAGAAAACCAAAGAAGUUCUUCCUUUUUUGCUACUUAUAGACAUUGAAGAAUGUUUCACAAAUGAAGACAAUUGCAAUUUCCAUGCCACUUGCAACAACACGAUUGGGUCUUUUUUCUGUACAUGCAAUCGAGGCUACACAGGUGAUGGAGUUAACUGUUCAGGUAAGAAUAAAUUUUCUUGUUUCGUCAAGCCCAGUCUUAACUUACGACUACGUAAGCAUCAGCUGACAAUUAGGUCGUAGUGGAGACAGGUUAUGAAAGCCGGCAAACAUAAAAAAAUAAAAACAACGGUGCCGCAGUUUUUGCUGGGAGCUUUCUGACAGUGUACAAUUUAUGAUUGAAAAAAUUAAUACAUUAUAAUCGAUUAGUAAGUUAUUUCACGUGUAAAAUGCUAUCGUUCGGUGAAAAUCAGAGAACAUAUAACACAAAAGUCUGACGGGCUUCAUAGCAGUUGCACUUCAUAUAUAAGAAAAUCUGUUUUUUCCUCUCAGGCUGUUAUCGCCUCACACAUUACAUUUCGACUAUUGUCCAACUAAUAUAUAUUAUGCGCUAGAGAGAUCACUAUUUUUAGUCAUUUUCACGAACUAUUUGAGGUCUUAGACUAAAUCGCAUUCAAAUUCACAGAUAUAGAUGAAUGUACCACAGGAACUCACAAUUGUCACGGCGUUGCUCAUUGUUACAAUACUGAUGGUUCCUUCACGUGUAGCUGUAGGACUGGUUACACUGGAGAUGGUCUGACGUGCGAUCCCGAAGGUGUGUUUCUUCAGCAGUCCCCCCUUUUUUUAUUUAUAGCGAUAUUCAGAUAUACCUUUAGGAGCUAUAGAAUUAUGUCGAUGGGUUUGCAAUGAUGGUACUUCAUUCUUUGAUGACCAUUUUGCGGUUUUUAACAGGUGACUUCUUUGUGUCCAUAAGAAAUAUUUCUAAAGACAAGUAUCACGCCACCCCUAUCAAGAGAGCCGUCAAAAGCGUUCAGGAAGCCCUAAUUCAAGGUUUACCAGAUGGUGUUUCUAUUGUGGAAAGCGUAUUGCAAUGGCGUCUAGUAAGUGAAGCAGAGCUGGCAGCUUCAGAGUCUGCAGAAGGGACUUUAGUAAGUCAAGGAACUUCUGAGUGGAUCAUAAACAGAAGAUCCGUAACCUCGGGCAUCUAUCAAAUCAAAUUCACUGCAUCAGUCAAGAUUGGUGAUCCAGCCGCUCCGCAGACUCUCCAGGCGUUUGAUUACGGUUUCAUUAAAAGUAUCCCAGGUCCAGUACUUGCAAUAAUUGACGGUGGGAGCAGUGUUAGAUGGGGGUCUCCAGAAAUUGUUGCAGUCGAUGGUUCACUCAGUUAUGAUGGAGACAUUGGUCCUGGAACCCACACUGGCCUUAAUUUCACUUGGUCUUGUUCAUGGAACAAUUCAAUCAGUUUUAAUUGCUUCGGUGCACUUGUGAACGAAAACGACAAUGCUACGACCAUAACUAUUAAUACAGCUUACCUCAAAGUUGACAAUGCUUAUGUUCUAAAGUUGACUGUUUCCAAAGAUACAAGAACGGCUUUUGCUGAAAUGAACUUUGAAAUAGCUGACGGGGAAGUACCGCAGGUGGUGCUAAGGUAAGAAUUAUCAGUAUGGAACCUUUUAAGAGUGUGAGUUAAAUUUUUAAGCUUAUUGCCUUAAUUUUCAUUUUUUCACGAUAUAAAAUAAGGUCAGCUUUUGAAUCAAUCAGAAGGAUGAGUUAAAUCAUGUCAGGAUCAGUUUCAUCUAAGACAUCUGGACAGAAAUUUUAUCAAGAUAGCUACUAUGGAAUUGAAGCCAUCCUCAAUCUCACACAUUGACAAAAAAUUAUCUUGUGCAAAAAAAGCCUUGCAAAUAAAAUUUGGACGUUAUUUUAGCACUUUUUAUUGCUGAAAUUAAUGAAAACAGCUUUCCCCUUGAUUUGCAACAUCUUAUUAAAAAGGAUACUCUCUUUUUUAUCUAAACAAGUCAUUAACCCGUUAUUAAAGUUUAGUAAGACUUUGUUUGAAUUUCUGAUAUAUGCAAGAGUUGCCUUCAUUAUAAAUAGCUAAAUUAAGUGCCAGAGAGCGGUAUUAACAAAUAGAGGCGAACUGAAGUAUAAAGGUAUUUUGUUUUUCUGUCAACUUCUAGAUGCUUUAUUGAUUGCGGCAAGGUAGUGUCCGCUUCAAACAAGCUCCGCGUGACUUCCGAAUGUCCCAAUGCAGCCUGCAAUGGCUCAGUUUACGAGUGGCGUCUAAAGCAAAGAAAGGAAGAAGCAGAACCGUGGGAGAAUAUACCUAUUUUGCCCAAUAUGACAUCCACUGCGGUAGAUGCCCCUAACAUGAUUAUCAGGAAAAAUUCUUUGCCCUCUGGUUUCUACUUCAGUUUACAACUCCUCGUAACAUCUCAAGCAGGUUCAGAAGGGUUUGGCAUUCUCGAGUUCGAGACCGCCGGAGUUCCACACGGUGGGUUUUGUGAGGCGUCAGCCAACGAGGGUGUGGCGCUUGAGACGGAGUUUACGUUUGAGUGCUUUGAAUGGGAAGACAAAAAUGCUCCGAUAACAUACGAAUUCCGAGUCGGAAAGGACAUAAUAUCUUAUGGAAGCUCUCCAAAAUCGGCCACAACAGCGUUACCCUCCGGACAGCCAGAAAACGAUUUUCGGCUACCAAUAAGCAUCAUUAUAAAGAACUCUGUCGGUGUAAAGGUUGUGGAGACCAUGUCUGUUAAGGUAAACUCAUAAAAAUGAUAGCCGCUAGAGUUUGUGUGUAUUGUACAAGAGAGAAAUGCAGAAAGAAUCCUAAGUUACUGUAAUCAUUCUAACCAGAAUCCCAUGGUUUUAUACGCGGAUUAUUGUGGUUCGUUGUCAAGUCGUAGGUGGUUUCAUGCUCACCUUAUAUGUUUCCCAUAAGAUAAAUUGAUAUGUACUAUUGAUGACAAACUACUGCCUAAUUUUGGUGCAAGAUGUCAGCGUUAAUUUAUGAUUUCACUGUGAAAGUACAAAAUUGUUAUUUCAACCUUCCGGAAACCUAGACAAGCGUAACUGCGCAAUCACAAACAGCAAGAGAUUUUUUUUAACGGGGUUUUUGUCUAACACUUAAGGAAAUGACGAGAAAUUUAUACAAAAUGUAUGAUCUAAACUUUUUAAUGCUAGGAGUUCUCGAUACGAUAAACAAGUCAAAACCUAGGAUUGUGAGCGAUAUUGCCAUCAAUGAUAUUUCGGAAUGCUCAUAAAAUUCGGAAAUGAUUUUCUGAGCUUUUAACCUUUAGAAUUUUGACUAAAAGCGCAUAAAAUCAUUUCCUAAUUUUACUAGGCAACAUUUUAUUACACAUACUAAAACCAUAGCACAUUCCUUUCGAGGUUAAUGAUAUAAUUAUAUUUUUACAUUACGAGAAUUUUUCUCUUUCCUUGAACAGGUCAAGGGAUCUUCCAAGUUUGACCCAUGUUUCACUCCAGCUAGUGAAGUGGAAGAGCAGUUAAAAACCUUUGUAGUCGGGGACGACAAUAAGUUGGACGGAUUUCUAAACAAAGGUGAAGUCAGCCAGGCCGCACUGCUGGCGCUGUCUGUGCUGAAAGCUGCUAACGCAAAACCACUUUGUGGACAAGGAUUGAGUUCGCUUACAAAGAUACUUGUA